UUCUUCCUUUUUGGUAGGAUUUCAAAUCUGCUUAACCUUUAUAUACAGCUCCUACUAAUCUAAGUCACAUUCAUCCCCUAUUUUUAACCCAUAAACAUGGUCUUCCACUUAGUGUUCUUCCUCUUAUCAUUCUCUUUCUAUUGCCCUGCAUUUGCAAAAAAUAUUUCUUCACCAUGCAACUCUAAUGACUUAACUGCCCUGCUUAAGUUCAAAUCUGCUAUACACCUUGACACUUCAGAGAGACUACAAAAAUGGGUAGGUAAAAGGUGUUGCAAUUGGGUAGGGAUUCAAUGUGAAAAUACUACAUUCAGAGUGACAGAAAUCAAUCUUCCCGGGUUCAUUUCAACCGAAGAUUUCAUCCUUCAAACGAAGAUGGAAGGCGUUCUAACUCCCUCAAUCACGCUACUUACCUCCCUCGAAGUCCUUGAUCUUGGAGGGCUUAUCAGUCUUUCUGGGAACAUACCGAAAUCUAUUGGUUCUUCCCUCACAAAUCUCAGAAAGCUGUUUCUGUAUGGUAAUAAUAUGAGCGGUGAGAUACCAGUAAGCAUAGGUAAGCUGUUAAAACUAGAAGAAAUCCAACUUCAAGAGAAUAGGUUUUAUGGACCUAUACCUUCUAGUGUUGGUUUUCUUAACAAUCUGCAAAGAUUACUUCUUUACUCUAAUCAACUUUCUGGGUUCAUCCCUGAUACUAUUUCAAAUUUAAGUAAUCUGGUGACACUUGACCUUCAUGACAAUGCUCUAAAUGGUUCUAUACCAAAGAAUAUUGGGUACUUAAGGUUUUUGAAAGAUCUGGAUCUUUCUAAUAAUCACCUGAGUGGGGAGAUUCCAGCUUCUGUAACUAACUUAACUACCAUUUCAACUAUUUAUUUUGACAGCAACUUUCUUCAAGGAAAAAUCUCAUUUCCAGUAAAUACUGGUGAUAUGCCCUCCCUUGGUUUCCUGAGGCUGCAGAACAAUCAGUUAACAGGGAAUAUACCCUCAAAUUUCGGGCAUUUAUCUUCGCUUAAGAGAUUAUCACUUGUAAAUAACAAACUUGAGGGUUCAAUACCGUCUAGUUUUGGAGAUUUAUCAAGUUUGUCAGAGCUAUAUCUUGAUGGCAAUCGCAUAUCUGGAAGCAUACCGAAAUCUAUAGGAAAGCUAUCUAAUCUUAUUCUCUUAACCCUAUCACAUAACAUGAUACAAGAACCUCUUCCUCAAGAGAUGUCAAUGCUCAACAACCUGCAGAUCCUCGAUCUUUCAUUCAACCGUCUAACACUUCAAUCAUUCCCAAAGUGGCUUGCUCAGUUGCCAUCACUAUCCCGAGUUCUGUUAGAAGGGUGUGGAAUCCAAGGCGAGUUUCCACAAGUCCUGCGAGCAACACCAAGCGCGUUGCAGGAAUUGGACUUGUCAGAAAACAGUCUGACAGGAAAUAUACCAGCUUGGGUUGGGAAAUUAACUGAGCUCUAUUCAUUGAAUUUGUCUAGGAACUUCCUCAUUUCAGAGAUCCCAGACACAAUCACAAAUCUACAUAAUUUGGGUAUCAUUGAUCUUCACUCGAACAAUCUCACAGGAUCAAUGGCUAAGGUUUUCCAGUUGGACACCAGAUUUUCAGGCGGGUCUCUGACAUAUAUCGAUCUUUCAGACAACAGUUUCUCAAGCGGGCAUGAGAAUAUCGGUAUAGGAUCUCAAACUGGAAUUCAGCUUCUAAAUAUAUCUCACAAUUUUCUUAAAAGCGGAUUGCCAACUUCCAUAGGGAAGCUGGGAUCACUGAAGACCUUGGAUUUCAGCAGCAAUCAGUUAAACUCAACCUUGCCAGAAUCAUUGGGAAAUGCAACUUCAUUGGAGAUAUUGAAGUUGCAAAGAAACUAUAUAAAUGGGCAAAUACCAAGUGAAUUUUUGAAGCUAAGGAAACUGAAAUAUCUAGAUUUAUCAGAUAAUCUUCUUAAGGGACAAAUUCCGAAUGGUAAGCCACUCAGCAGUUUUCCACCAAGCUCUUAUUCUGGUAACCGAGGAUUAUGUGGAAAACCUCUUCCUCUUUGUAAGAUUUUGCAUUAGAGAAAUUUUGGUUCCUGAUAGAAACUAGACUAGCGUUGUUUUUAUGCAUGAUUUUUUUUUUUGGAUAAGUUCAUAUGACAUUUUCUUUGGAUA